ACAUAUGUAUGUAUAUGCAUAUAUAGCACAGAUAGAAAUAAAGACGUUUAUAUAGGCACUUAAAGCGGUUAUUGCUUUCGUCUAUUAAUUUACAAUUGUUUCUUGUUGUUGUUGCUGUUUCUGUGCUGACAUCGAUUAACUAAGGUAAACGCUCGCAUGGCGAACAACAACGCAGUCGCCGACGUUGACGGCGCCAAUCAGAAGCCAAAAGCUAAUGGCUUAAUAGGCAGCGGCGAUGCAUGUGCAUCAACAACAACAACAACAACUACAGCAUCAUCAGCAGCAGCAGCAACGACAACAACAACAACAACUGCGACAGAGGCCGAGGCAGAGGAACUACUUCAGGACGGACUGAGCUGCAGUGAACUAUUUAAAAAUGGUGAAGGUCUCACCUACAAUGAUUUUCUCAUAUUACCGGGCUACAUAGACUUCGCCGCCGAGUCGGUCGAUCUCAGCUCCCCACUGACGAAGGGCAUCACACUCUGUGCCCCGUUAGUUAGCUCGCCCAUGGACACGGUAACCGAAUCUGAUAUGGCCAUAGCCAUGGCGCUGUGUGGUGGCAUUGGAAUCAUCCAUCACAACUGCACGCCGGAGUACCAAGCGUUGGAGGUGCACAAGGUUAAGAAAUACAAACAUGGCUUUAUGCGCGAUCCGUCGGUGAUGUCGCCGACCAAUACCGUUGGCGAUGUGCUCGAGGCCCGUCGCAAGAAUGGCUUCACCGGCUACCCCGUCACCGAGAAUGGCAAGCUGGGCGGCAAGCUGUUGGGCAUGGUCACGUCGCGAGACAUCGAUUUCCGUGAACAACAGCCGGACGUACUGUUGGCGGACAUUAUGACCACGCAGCUGAUUACGGCACCCAACGGCAUCACUCUGCCCAUGGCGAACGCCAUUCUGGAGAAGAGCAAAAAGGGCAAGCUGCCCAUUGUGAAUCAGGCCGGCGAACUGGUCGCCAUGAUUGCGCGCACCGAUCUGAAGAAGGCACGUUCGUAUCCGAAUGCCUCCAAGGACUCCAACAAGCAGCUGCUGGUGGGCGCCGCCAUUGGCACCCGGCCGGAGGACAAGGCCCGACUGCAUCUGCUCGUCGCGAAUGGUGUUGAUGUCAUUGUGCUGGACUCAUCCCAGGGCAAUUCCAUUUACCAAGUGGAGAUGAUCAAAUUCAUCAAGGAGACCUAUCCGGAUCUUCAGGUCAUUGGCGGCAACGUGGUCACACGUGCCCAGGCAAAGAAUCUAAUUGAUGCUGGAGUGGAUGGACUGCGCGUGGGCAUGGGCUCCGGCUCGAUAUGCAUUACGCAGGAGGUGAUGGCCUGCGGCUGCCCGCAGGCAACGGCCGUGCACCAGGUGUCGACGUUCGCCAAGCAGUUCGGUGUGCCGGUGAUUGCGGAUGGGGGCAUUCAGUCGAUUGGGCACAUUGUGAAGGCACUGGCAUUGGGCGCCAGCGCUGUGAUGAUGGGCUCCCUGCUGGCUGGCACCUCGGAGGCGCCCGGUGAGUACUUCUUCUCCGAUGGCGUGCGCUUGAAGAAGUAUCGCGGCAUGGGCUCAUUGGAGGCAAUGGAGCGUGGCGAUGCCAAAGGUGCGGCCAUGUCCCGUUACUAUCACAACGAAAUGGACAAGAUGAAGGUGGCCCAGGGCGUCAGCGGCAGCAUUGUGGACAAGGGCUCCGUGCUGCGCUAUCUGCCGUAUCUGGAGUGCGGACUGCAGCAUAGCUGCCAGGACAUUGGCGCCAUUUCCGUUAGCAAGCUGAGAGAGAUGAUCUACAAUGGGAAGCUGCGCUUCAUGAAGCGCACCCACUCGGCCCAGCUGGAGGGCAAUGUGCACGGCCUGUUCAGCUACGAGAAGCGUCUCUUCUAACAUACAAACAGUGCUGCAGCGAUGCCAGCUGUUGCCAGCCAGUAUCACCAGCAGCAGCAGCACCAGCAGCAGCAGCAGCAGCGGCAUCAACAGCGUCUCGUUUACCUCGCAGCAGAUGAUUUUGGACGAGUUCUGAGCGACUAGCGUGGAGCUGGCUUA